UCCGACACCAUGGUCAACUCCUGUUGUGGCUCUGUCUGUUCUGAGGAGGGCUGUGGCCAAGGCUGCUGCCAGCCUAGCUGCUGCCAGACCACCUGCUGCAGGACCACCUGCUGCCGCCCCAGCUGUUGUGUGUCCAGCUGCUGUAGGCCCCAGUGCUGCCAGCCUAGCUGUUGCCGCCCCAGCUGCUGUAUCUCUAGUUGCUGCCGCCCCACCUGUUGCAUUUCUAGCUGCUGCAGGCCUUCUUGCUGCCGCCCCAGCUGCUGUGUGUCCAGCUGCUGCAGGCCCCAGUGCUGCCAGUCUGUGUGCUGCCAGUCCACCUGCUGUCGCCCAAGCUGCUGCAGGCCCAGCUGCUGUGUGUCCAGUUGCUGCCGCCCCUGCUGUAGCAGUUCCAGCUGUUGUGGAACCAGCUGCUGCAGACCCAGCUGCUGCAUUUCUAGCUGCUGCCGCCCCAGCUGUUGCCAGACCACCUGCUGCCGCCCCACCUGUUGCCAGACCAGCUGCUGCCGGCCCAGCUGCUGUGUGUCCAGCUGUUGCAGGCCCCAGUGCUGCAUCUCUAGUUGCUGCCGCCACAGCUGUUGCCAGACCACCUGCUGCCGCCCCACCUGUUGCCAGACCAGCUGCUGCCGCCCCAGCUGCUGUGUGUCCAGCUGUUGCAGGCCCCAGUGCUGCAUCUCUAGCUGCUGCCGCCCCAGCUGUUGCCAGACCACCUGCUGCCGCCCAGCAUGCUCUAGUGGUUCUUGCUGCUGAGCACUGUCACCGACAGUCUCCUGUCCUUCACCACCCACCA